GUAAGCCACGAUUAGCAUUAACCUUUCAUUUAUUAAUCAACAAGACCAAAUCUAUAUCUAAGUCUGGUGGUUCUUUACCUGAGUUUCAAGAUCUACUAUUUUCGCCACUUAAACAAUCUAGGCAAGGAAUAUACCAG